AUGACUACCAUACAACUCCCGUUGACACCAGCCGAGAAGUUGUUCCGGCAAUGCCUGCUAGACUGCCGCGAGGAGAUGCAGUCCGUCCCCGGCAUGAAGGAUCUCGUGCUGAGGUGGACGGGAGGCUGGGUGCGGGAUAAGUUGCUCGGUGUGCAGAGCCACGACAUCGACGUGGCACUGAGUACGAUGACCGGGUGGGAGUUCGGCCAAGCCCUGCAGACUUUCAUCAAAGAGCACGGCGCAAAGUACGAGGAGCAGGCCGCGAAACAAGGCUUCAACUCGCAGGUCAAGGAUAUCCACAAGAUCGCGGCGAACCCGGACAAGUCGAAGCACCUGGAGACCAUCACCACGAGGAUGUUCGGGAUUGACGUCGACUUUGUCAACCUCAGGAAAGAAGUCUACGAUCAACAAACCCGCCAUCCUCAAGUGGAGUUUGGCACUGCGGAAGAAGAUGCCCUCCGUCGCGACGCCACAGUUAAUGCGCUCUUCUACAACCUGGACACACAAGCGGUCGAGGACUUUACGCGCAGGGGGCUCGAGGAUAUGAAGAACAAGAUCAUUCGGACGCCUCUUGCACCGUAUCAGACCUUUAAAGACGACCCGCUCCGAGUCCUGCGCCUCAUCCGGUUCGCCUGCCGGCUUCAGUACGAGAUCGAGGCGACUGCAAAAGAGGCGAUGAAAGACAAAACUAUCCACGAGGCCCUUCGCUUGAAGAUCAGUAGGGAGCGCGUGGGCGUCGAGAUCGGCAAGAUCAUGGCUGGGCCCGAUCCGUACACCGGACUGAAAUAUGUCAACGAGUUUGAUCUCUACUUCACCGUGUUCGCCGACCCGGCAACAGAGCCUACCGACGACUCAGUCGAUCCGGCCCACGCCGUUAUCGCAUACGACGGACUCCAGAAGAUUCUGGACGAGAAGUCCUCGAUCUGCCUGACUCUGAAACCCAAAGAAGACCAAGCCCUGAGCUGGUUCCUCGCGGCGUACACGCCGUGGUACAAAUCAUCUGCCAAAGCAUAUCAAGCGUCCAGAGAAGGCAUCAAGGCGACCAACAGCAUGAGCAAAGUCCUGAAAGAUGCCAUCGACCUGCGACCUUCCAUUCUCGAAGCAGUGCAAUCAGUAAACGACGAGAAAGCCGUUCGAGGCGACGUGGGUAUGAUUCUGAGACAGUGCAGAGAGGCAUGGCGAUCGCACGUGCUGUUCUCCCUGCUCUGCGACAUCGUGGAGCACCACUUCUCGACCGCGACGGACCGCUAUCAGAAGUUUGUCGCCUACGUGCACGACCAAGACCUCGAAGCGGCGUAUGCUCUCACCCCGAUCCUAAAGGGCAACGAGAUCAAGAAAGCACUGGGCGACCCCAAGGGUGGCCCGUGGCUUAAAAAGGCGGUCGAUGAACUCGCGCGCUGGCAGUUCAAUCAUCCCACGGGGACGACGGAAGAGGCAAUUGAAAUGGUCUCUGCCAAACGAUCGGAAUUUGGGCUCGGUUGA